GACUCACCUAACGCGCUUAAUCCAACACAAUAUUGGAUAGGGCUUCGCGAGCAAUAUCCCAACCUUAGCAGACUUGCGCUUGAUAUACUCUCUAUCCCAGCCUCAAGCUGUGAGAGUGAGCGCAUAUUUAGUGAGCUAGGUGAUCUUCUCGAACCUCGUCGGCGUAAUAUUAGUCCGCAACUUCUGGCAGCAAUACAGUGUGUGAGAAGGUGGAAAAGAGCUGGGCUUAGCGAUAACCAGGCUGCUGAAAAUUCAACUAUUACUGAUAAAGAGACAGAGCUCUUGUAUGAUAUUAGUACAUAG